AUGCCUUUGUUUUUCUCCGAAGAAGUGCCAACACAGAAUAAAUAUGAUUACACAGCACCUAUGGAGAAGCGAGAUAAGCAAUUUUACUUCCUUUGGUGCGUCAUUUCUUUUAUUACAAUCGUAAUUUCAACUCAAUUUACGAUGAUUACGAAAGAAAACGCCGACAAAGUUACAUUCAUUGAAGGAGUAUCGCAAUCCAAUGGCAUAAAUGACUAUCACAUCAUUUAUCAUUUAACUAAAGCAACAAUUCAUGCGAAAAGGUUAGCAGUAUACUUAAACAUAUACGAUGAGUCUGAUAAAAAUCAUGAACUAGAAGAGAAAUUUGCCCUAGAAUCAGUUAUUGAUGUUAAAAUUGGAAAUACAAAAUCAAGAAUUCAUCGAUCUUAUUCAUCAAUUCCAUAUGGAAGGACGGAAUUGAUGACUACGACUGCAUCCAAUAUAUCUCUUGCGAUUGGUCAAGUAUUUUUGACUGGAGUUUUUCGAAAUACAACAAAAAUGCAAAUUCUCGAAAUACAUAACAGCAAAGAGUUCGAAAGAUUAUCAUACAUUGUAUCAAAAGCAUUUAGUUUCGAAUGUUCAAUUGUUUUAUUCAUUUUUGCAUUUUUAGUUAUAAAUAAUACAGCUUCAGUCGAAGCAACGCAAGUAAUUGGACUUAUCUUGAUGACAUCUACUACGAUAUCCCUAUUACUCUUCAAUAACUAUCAUAGUUCGAAAUUUCACCUUAUUGAAUUAUUUUUCAAAGGUGAAACUCAAUCGCUAACCUAUUUAGUGCUUUUUACUAUAUCUACAACAUACAUGUCGUCAACUAAAGUCAUUCCUACGCUUGUUAUUGGAGUGAUUUUCAUUAUAUCAGAUGGAGUCUUCAUGUUGACUUCAGAUUCGAUUGUCCUCGGCAAAUUAUUCGAUAAUAACGACGCUGUAUGGAUUUUCUUCUUUGUUACUUCGAUUGUCUUCAAAAUUACGAUGAUGACGAUGACUUUACAUCAUUUGCUAUUUGCUUACUUCCAAACCGGCUCUUCCUAUGUUAAGACGAAGAUAUUCGUUACUGUUAUUGUUCUUGUUAUAGUUUCAUUACCAAGAAUGAUAACAAUGGCAUAUAUUGCUAAUGAAAACAUAUCCACUAGCUCAAUUGCAUUCCUAUCUGACUAUAUAAUACAGGCCGUUGGAUCUAUUUUGAUAAUUGGACUUGUUUGGCCAACAAUUGAUUAUGAUGCGAGUAGUGGAGCCAAUAUCAUUCAUGCAACAAGCCAAGAAGACCUUGUUGAACUAUUUGGUGAUUCCCAAAUAGGAGAUUUAUAA